UUAGCCGCGGAGCAACGUCCCGCCCCUUCAGCAGUGGACGCUUCUACCGAAACUCGACCUCUAACGGCCGUUCCACCUGUCAAUCAAAGUAGGUUUUCAGCCUGAAGCGUUUCCUUCACGCGGAAGCUCGGCAUGCGCGCUCUGAACGGCACACUCCUCCUCCUCCUCCACUGCCCUCACCCUCCCCUGCCUCAUACCACGGCUGCCCGAGUUGUUGUUAGUGAUGGAGGGACAAGAGUUCGUGGUGUGAGAAGUGUGAGACUCGAGUAAAAAAAAAAAAAAAAAAAAGUCCCGGAACCAGCAUGGAGACCGUAGAGCAACUCGUGACCUUUAAUCACAUCCACGCCGAGCUGACCGGAGGCGCUCCGUGGGGCUUCACGCUGAAAGGAGGACUGGAGCACGGAGAGCCGCUCAUCAUAACUAAAAUAGAAGAAGGAGGAAAGGCAGCUGAAUGUAAGAAGUUGAGGGUGGGAGACGAACUGGUCAACAUCAACGGCUCCGCACUCUACGGCUCUCGCCAAGAAGCUCUGAUUCUCAUCAAAGGCUCCUACAGGGUCCUCAAAAUUAUUGUCCGGAGACGCACUGUGCCGCUGACUCAUCCUCACUCCUGGCACCUGGUGAAGUUAUCAGACGCACCCUCUGUGCCUGGUGCAGCGGGCAGUUCAGAGGGCCCACUGGCCAUGCAGCUCCACCCCACACCCUUCAGUGUACCGUGGCACUCUGGGGGUGACAGUGAGCUGUCCGUGCCAUUGGGCCACCUAUCUCGGCACUACAGCACAGACCGCAGCAGCUCUGUGGGGAGUAUGGAAAGUCUGGAAAACCCUGCAAGUCAGGGAUACUACGACAGCCAGCUCUCUCCUAUUGACCCUGCCAUCUUUAAUAACAAACGUGACUCAGCUUAUAGCUCUUUUUCUGCAAGCUCAAACACAUCUGACUAUACAGUAUCUUUGCGUCCUGAAGAAAACAGCUCUAUGGACAGUCUCCUGCAGGGUUUUGGCCCCUCCUGCAGGUUUACAGAGGGUCAUUCACAUUCUGCAACCAGUGGCCCUGGAGAAUUGCACUGUGAAGAUGGGGUUCUCAAGUCUAGGUCUCUGCCUCAUAGGCCUGAGGCUAAAGUACGCCCAUCAUCCUAUAGCUAUGAAGAAGAAAAGCGUGGACCUCCACAACCUCCCAUGAGGAAGGAUAGUUUUAGAGCUACCAGAGGCUUACCAGAGGUUUUGGAUAAACGUUGUGCGUCUGCUCCUGUUGGUGUGUCAAGUUUGACCUGCUGCACUAUUGAAGACCCUCCAUUUACCCACAAGAGACUGAAUGGGAGUUCUUGUCUGAAUGGUCAAGAAAAUGACCAGGACUUGAAGGGAAACAAAACGGAACCUUAUUACACAAUAAAUUCUCAAAAAGAAUUAUUUACAGAAAACCAGGUCAGUUCAACAGAAGAAUGCCAAAAGAGCAGUCAUUUCCAUCCCACAGAGAGGCAGCAUUCAAGCAGGCCUAAUCCUCCAGCAGCAGAGAAUCUUGAUGGCCAACUCAAUCAUUUAGGUAACACUCUCCAGCCCAGGAUGCACAGACAUAGUGCUCCAGAAAAAUUACUUAUCUCUCAGUUAAACAUGAUAGAGCUCUCCAGUGACAACAGUGCACAUUCCAUGUCCCCUCUUAGUCUGUGGCCUAAUUCUCUACAUCCUAGGGAGGAAUUAAGUGAAGACAGUUCGGCUUUAGCUCAGGGUAAAUGGGAAGUAAGCAGGUGCUCGACACCUGGUUCACUUACUACAUCAGAGCUAGAAGAAAACAGGGUGGAUGGAGAACCUUUUGAUUCAAGCCAAAGACUUACUCCUGUCCAGCAUACUUGGGGAAGAUCUGUCAGUGUUCCAGCUGAAACUUUAGCAAAUGGAUUUGCUGGGUCCAUAACCUGUGUAGAGUCUCAACUUCAAGAGAAAGGUUUCGAGAUCAUUAGUGCAGCAUCCAGCAUGGACACUCUGCUUGAGACCCAGGAAAAAGGAGAAAACAAAGGAGAUGAUGGUGAAAUUUCUAAGGCUUCUCAAAAGCGCCAGUUUCGUUCGUCCAAGUCUCGUCGUAGAAGUGAACGCUUUGCCACAAAUCUUCGAAAUGAGAUCCAAAGAAAGAAGGCUCAGCUACAUAAGAGCAAAGGCUCUGGUGAUCUGCUAUGUGAUGGAGAGACUUUAGAGGAAGAGGAUAUGGAAGAAAAAUCCCCAUCAGCCGUGCCAGCAAUCCCUCAGCACAGGACCCAAAUGCAUACUAGUCAACACAACAGCUCUCAGAAUAUUGGUCCAUCUCAGGCCAGAACAGUUGCCUUAAACUCAACAUUUCCAGGCAAGUGCUGUGGAACAAAUUCUGCAGAGCAUUCAGGGACCAGGAAUGAAACUAUCCAUCUUUCACAGAAUGAAAUAAUCCAUCUUUCACAGGACGAAACCCGUGGAAUCCAGUCAGCCGAGGUAAACAGACCUGUAUGCGUGCGUGUGGUCGAAGAGUUGGCACCACCAGGUAAAGCCAGACGUUGGCGCUGGACACCUCAGCACAAGCUACAACUAGAAAUGGAACAAAAUAAAAUGAAGAAUAAUGGUGAGGAAACAGUACCAUCUUCUUUGAAUCUUGUCAAAACAACACGAGGAAGAGUGGGUUCUUCAGGUGGGCGCUUUGCCCGAGCUGAUGAUUGUGACAUCCCUCCAUUUGCAGACCGCAGAAAGUUCUUUGAGGAAACUAGUAGAAACCUGAGCCAGUCUGUUACCAACCUAGCAGCCCUUCCAAGCCAUCGCCAGAGGUCAGAGAAGCAUGAGAGAAUGAAAGGUCCAACUUCUCCUGAACCCCUUGAGCCAGUUCCUGACCAUGGACGCAGGAGAUUUUCUUACCAGGGUGGAAUAAAUGAUGGAAACCCAGUCAAUUUGGUUGAUACUAGAAGAAGGAGAGUGCAGCAAGAGAGAGACAGAGAGAGAGAAAAUACACUGGAGAGAGAAUGGGAGAAGAAAAGUGAAAAUGAGAAACAGAGGGAGAAGGAACGAGAACAAGAGAGACAUAAAGAACAAGAAAGAGUACAGGCAUGGGAAAAGGAGCAGGAGAGGGAGAGAGAAAGAGCAAGAAAGGAAAGCGAAAGAGAAUGUCAAAGAGUGCAACAGAUGGAGAGAAAUUGGGAAACCAGUAGACAUCACUUUUAUGCAAGACAUGACCUCAAUAAUCCCACUGUGCUACCACCUUUGCCUCAUGAUAACAUAAAACAACCACUUGCAUCUCAAAACCCAACCCUGUAUAAUUCACACUCUGAGAGUUUGCAUAACAAGCCCGAUCAUGACAUUCAAAAGCCAUGCUCAGCCUUCCGACCUGUAACUAGCCAGCAGUAUCAAUCUGACCAUUACCGUCUACACCCUGGAUACAAGGCCAGGAGUUGCACUCCAACAGAGGCUUUUCCUGUACAUGAGCUGGAACAAACAAAACUAAGGAGGAAGUUUAGCCUGACUGAACGGGACUAUACUCGAUGUCGACGAGAUUCAAGAUCAGGAGAAGUUACUCUGGGUCGGGGAUUUCAGUGUGAAUGGAACAACAGACUUCAAGAUGGCAACACUGAGGGUCAUUCCCUCACAUCAUCGACACUUAAGAACCGUGCCAUGUCUGAAAAUGAUCUUCGCGUACAGACCAGGUGUCUUCGUAGCCAUUGUGCAGCUGCUAGUAAUAACAGUAGAAUGUCUUCAUCCAUCGUCAGGGAACUGGAUGAGAACACUGUACCUGUAAUUGAGACAAGGAAGAAAAAAGGUCCACCUCCUCCUCGUCCACCACCUCCAAAAUGGGAGCAGUUCCAUAAAAGAAGGGCAUCUCACCACAAUCUCUUUUCUUCCCAACCUGCUUCUUCUUCUCAGCUCCAAAUCUACACACCUGGUCCAUCCACUUCCCUUGAAAUGACUCGUCAGCGAUCCUACAGCCUUCCUCCAAGGGAUUACGCAGGAAGUCACCAAGCACCGCCAAACCCUGCCUUAAAUGAAAGAGCUUUCAAACCUGUGGACCUGCCUCCAAAUGAACAAGACAUUACCAGAAUUCAGCAGUACGACACAAACAGUUCUGAGGAUACAACAACAUUCUCAAAUGAGUCGAACCAAAGACUUUCUGAGCAAAGCUUGACCGAAGUUUCAGAUCAGUACAGACCAGCUGUGGUGAAUCCAUUCAUCUGUAAGCACAAAGCGGAGUGGGACUUGACUUCUCACAGCCACACGUCAAGCAAUAAUGUUAGCAAGUCACCAGUCCCAGUCCCUACCCUGGAGAUUGGGUCUUGCUCUGGACCUGUCUACCCUGAGUCCUACUUCUCAAUGAACUACAACCACCAGCAGCAUUUACAGAAACCGCCUCAGCAAAUUUGCAUGCCUGGCACCACCAUCAAGAUUCUUGAACCUUUUCCACAAAGUGCACCUUCCAGUGAGGCUCAAGUCUUGCCCUUUGAGACAGACAUAGAUGAAUUCCACGGAAAUGAAGAAACAGCAGUGGAGCAGCAAAGGCAAGCAGAAGACAGAAUAGAGAUGCAGUGUUUUGCUCAGCCAGUGACUGUACUGGAGACAGACAUCGACAUGGUGAAUGAUGAAGAAGCGUCUUCAUUAGGGAUGAGGAGAGGGCAAAGGACGUCCAUCGUGGGCUCGUUAUUGGAAGAGGAUUGCGGCGGAGCUGGAAAGGAGCUUAUGGGAGAACUGUUCCCUCACUAUACAGGAAGUGGAGCAGAAGGCUGGAGAGGAGGCAAUAUUAUGAGUGGAGACAUGGUAGAAAGGUCUUCUAGACAGAGCCCUUCAGUCCCACAAGGCUCAAUAUCUACCAGUUACAGAGCACCCACCAACAAAGCUCAACUCCUCAAUAAGAUGCCAAACUUCUCAGAGAUGCAGGAAGAGAAUGAAGAGCUUAAUUACAAGAGGCAGCUGAUGGAAAGCUUGCGUAAGAAACUGGGUGUGUUGCGGGAAGCCCAAAGAGGUUUGCAGGAGGACAUAAGAGCCAACACUCAGCUCGGAGAGGAGGUGGAAACCCUGGUGCUGGCUGUCUGCAAGCCAAAUGAGGUCGACAAGUUUCGUAUGUUCAUUGGAGACCUGGACAAAGUGACGAGUCUUCUGUUGUCGCUCUCUGGCAGGCUGCUUCGUGUAGAAAGUGCUCUGGAUUGCUUGGACCCAGAAUCCAGCCAUCGUGAGAGGCUCCCCCUGUUGGAUAAGAAGAAACAGCUCCUUGCGCAGCUGGCUGAGGCUCAGGAGCUGAAGGAGCACGUGGACCGGAGGGAGGAGGCCGUGGGCAGAGUGCUGGGUCGCUGCCUAACUCCAGAACAACUGCGUGAUUACAGCCAUUUUGUUAAGAUGAAGGCAGCACUGCUGGUAGAACAGCGGCAACUCGAUGACAAAAUCCGACUAGGGGAAGAACAGCUCAGAGGACUGAAGGAGAGCCUCGGCCUGGGAUACGGCCCUUACUGAAGCCAGAACCACAAUGAAAAGUACAGGAAGGUCGAACGUGCAUAAGGGCACAAUAAUGGGCACAAAAGAAAGUUUCUGUUAAAUAAUUGUUUGUAUAUAAACAUUAUAACAUAUCUUCAAAACUGACAGUCAGAGACUUGAAUUUAUCGGUGGCACUUGGUGGCCCCUUCACAUAGCAGUAAUACUCAGUGUUGUAUAUUGAGAAAUCAAUAAUGCUAAGCAGUAAAUGACCUCAAAAUACUACUCUAUGCCACAUAAUGCUGUGUAUGUAUGUACAGUAUGUGCGCAUGCAUGUAUCUCAUUUCAUAUAAACUGAAGACCUGUCCAUGCACUGCUAUUUAUUUAUUUAUAUAUCUCCGAAAAAUCAGAAAAAGAUCUCAAGAGUCAUGUGACUUCUGUUUACCAAGAUUUGGUCACUUUUGAACAUCAGCAAAUGAAGCACUAAAAUCUUCUGGCCCAAUAAAAGGUUUUUUAAUAGAACAUGUUAAGCUGUAACAUCGCUGGACAGCACUCUGAUAUGUUCAAACUGGAAUUUGUUUCGUAACAGACAUAUUACAGGACCAUAUUCUAUAGUUAUCCAUCUUUUCUUACUUGAGUCAGGUUAAAGCCGUCUGUGGGUAUUUGUGUUCUGUUCAGGUAACAGUCAACUUCUUGAGGCAGAUCAUAAGCAGUGAUAACAUAUUUUUGCCUUUUUUUCAUUAUAAGGUGCUUUACUGCAUUUUGUUGUCAUUAGUGGCAGAUAUCAGAAAAUUUAGUUUUGAUGCCAAAGAUUACUUUCAUGUAUUAACACAAGAACAAAAACAUGGUGCUUAUUUUGGAGAACUACAUGCAGUAGCCUAGGCUUUAGAGGGAAUUCUUGCUGUAGCUGUGUUUACUCAGUGCAGCUGUGUUUAACAUUUUGAUCACUUAACACUAGUUCUUACAUUCCUUGUGUUUAAUGCUCAUGCUCGCAGUGUUGCAAAUGUCAAAUGUAAUGUACCUUUUCCGACUCAGCAAACUGCUUUUUAAUAAAUAUCCUUAUCCUCUUUAAGAAGGGAGGAAAGAAUGCUGCUUUGUUAAACAUUUAUUGUGCUGAGUGUUUUAAACCAACAAUGUAUUAAAUGAUAUGUUGUCAGGUUUCUUUUUUUUCCUUUAAAUUUUAGAUCUGCCUUUCAGCAUUUAAAAGUACCAAAGAUGAAUGUGCAUUUGUUACAGUAAACAGUUAAAAAAUUAUGUUCAUGUAUACUUUUUUUUUUACUUAAUGUAUAUACUGCAUUUCUCUGUGAUCUAUUUUUGUUCAUUUGUUUUUAUUGUAUAAUACCUUUAUAAAAAAUUUUCAUGCUGGAAAUGUAUGAAAAUAUUUGGUUGAACUAUAAGUGAUCAAUUUUGCCAGUUUUUGGUUUGUUAAAAAUCCAGUGUGGAAUACUGUACUUUUGAUUAUAGAAUAUAAAUAUUUUAAACUACA